AUGAAGUACCACACUGCUCAGAUCUUGGCUCUUACCAGCAUCGUCUCCGCUCUUCCUCACCCUCAACGCUAUGGCGGCGGCUCAGGUGUUCAGCCAUCUGCCCCAUUGACCACCGCUCCUGCUAGCAGCGGUCCUACCUACGACGACCUGCCAGGCUCUGGUUCUACUCCUUCUGCUGGAGGCUCUGGCCCUGCUCCUCCUGCUGGAGGUCGCCCAGGUGGCUCCACUCCUACUCCUCCUUCCGGCGGUGCUUCCUACGGCGGAGGUGCUGCUCCUCCCGCUGGUGGUGCUGGAGGCUACGGCAGCGGUAGCGGUAGCGGCAGCGGCUGGGGACUUGGACUUCCUCUCCUCGGUGGAGGUGCCAAGGGCGGAAUUGGUGGCCUAGUUGGCGGCGGUGCCCACGGCGGUGCUGGUGCUGGCCUCGGCGGACUCGUCGGCGGAGGUGCUGGCCUUGGUGGCCUCGUUGGUGGAGGUGCUUACGGAGGCGCCAAUGGAGGUGCUGGUGCUGGCCUUGGCGGAUUGGUCGGCGGCGCUGGCAAUGCCGGUGCUGGUCUCGGUGGACUCCUCACCUACAGCAAGACUGGCUAUGGCGGUGCCAGCGCUGGUGUCGGUGGUAGCACCGGUGCUGGCCUCGGCGGUCUGGUCGGUGGCAUCGUCGGCGGUGCCAAGGGCGGAGUCAGCGCAGGUCUCGGUGGCCUAGGUGGUAUCAUCGGAGGCGUCAAGGGCGGAAUCGGUGCUGGUGGCUAUGGCGGUGCCGGUGUUGGCGGCUCCGUUGGCGGAGGUGCUGGUGUUGGCGGCUCUGUUGGCGGCGGUGCUGGUGUNGGUGGCGGUGCUCACGGUGGUGCUGGUGCUGGUGUUGGCGGCUCCGUUGGCGGUGGUGCCGGUGUCGGUGGCUCCGUCGGUGGAGGAGCUGGUGUCGGUGGCGGUGCUAAGGGAGGUGUUGGUGCCGGU